GCUGCCGUCACCGGUCCGGGCUGCACCAGUGGGGUCGACAGCAGACCGUGCACACGGUACCGUUAGUUAGCCGUCUCUCUCUCUCCAACAAGCCUCAAACAUGGCGAACGUGGUCCUGGAGUUCAAGGCUUCUGCCGGUGACUCCGAGCCCCAGAGUCGCCCUGUUCUGAUCAUUGGACAGCAGGCCAUCCUGCAGCAAGUCAGCUGGAGCCAAAUCAAAGGGAAACUGCAGCCAGUCGUUACCAAAGAGAUCUGGCAGGCAGCUCUCAGUGCUUUGAACCCAAACCCCACUGAUAGCUGCCCUCUGUACCUCAACCAAGCUGUGGUUGCUGCCCUUCCUUCGCGAGUCAGCAGGCACAACAGCCCGUCUUCUGCCCACUUUCUGUCCCGUCUGGUCCGUUCCUGCCUGCCUGGAGGGAACAAUCGCUGCAUUGUGAUGGUGUGCGAGCGUUCAGAUGUGUUUGCGUCCUCCUGUGCUAUCUCCAGGGCCUUCCCCAUCUUCUCUCGCCGCUCCACGUCCUCACGCAGGGCUGAGAAGAAGCAAGUCACUGUGGAGUUUUUGAUUGUCGGUCAAGACAGCAGUCCCCUGGAUGCCCCAGAACUUAAGUGUCUCUCCAACGCUGCUGAUGGAGUGCGACUGGCAGCUCGCAUUGUGGACACACCGUGCAGUGAGAUGAAUACAGACGACUUCUUAGUGGAAAUCAAGGCUGUGGGGACUGAACUUGGAAUUACUCCAGUGAUAAUUCGUGGAGAGGAACUGAAACAAAGAGGGUUUGGAGGUAUUUAUGGAGUUGGCAAGGCGGCAGAGCAUCUUCCUGCGUUAGCGGUCUUGAGCCACACACCAGAUGGUGCAACCCAAACCAUUGCAUGGGUGGGCAAGGGCAUCGUGUACGACACUGGUGGACUCAGCAUCAAGGGAAAGACCACAAUGCCAGGGAUGAAGAGAGACUGUGGUGGAGCUGCUGCCAUUUUGGGAGCUUUUAAGGCUACUAUUAAACAGGGCUUUAAGGAUAACCUCCAUGCAGUGUUUUGCCUCGCAGAAAAUGCAGUUGGACCGACAGCCACACGACCCGAUGAUAUCCACACACUGUACUCUGGAAAGACGGUGGAGAUCAACAACACUGAUGCAGAAGGCAGGCUGGUGCUGGCUGACGGAGUGGUGUAUGCCAGCAAAGACCUGUCGGCUGAUAUCAUUCUGGACAUGGCCACACUGACGGGGGCACAGGGGAUCUCCACAGGGAAGUACCAUGCAGCUGUGAUGACUAACAGUGAGCAGUGGGAGCUUGCGUGUGUGCGCGCUGGGCGCAGCAGCGGAGAUCUCGCUCACCCUCUGGUCUACUGCCCCGAGCUGCACUUCAGCGAGUUCACCUCUGCCAUGGCUGACAUGAAGAACUCUGUGGCAGAUCGGGAGAACGCUCAGAGCUCCUGCGCCGGCCUCUUCAUUGGUUCCCACUUGGGCUUUGAUUGGCCUGGUGUCUGGGUCCAUGUUGAUAUCGCCUCUCCUGUUCAUGCUGGUGAGCGUGCCACAGGAUUUGGCGUUGCUUUGCUAAUGGCCCUGUUUGGUCAGGCAUCAGAUGACUCGAUCCUGAACCAAGUGUCUCCUUUGGGUGCAGCCACCAACACGUCUGAAGACAAGAUGGAGCGUGACUGCAAGAGGCGAAGGCUGGUGUAGAACAUGCUAACCAACCCUGACUGCUCCACUGCCACCACACACCCAACUGUUGAAGCAAGCACACACCGAGUCAGCAUUAAAACUGUGAUUCAACUUCCUGUGUAUAAUUAAAUUUGACCUCACAGAAUAAAAAAAAAAAAAGAUAAUCAGUAAGUCAGGUGUGUUAUACGUGAUUAUGGUGAAACACAGACCCUCGUUUGUCCUCUUGAUAUUGGCACUUACUGCACUGAUCACUACCAUAGAUUCUCCAUGCUGCAGCUGCUUGUGAUGAUGAUGCAUUGAUUAUUAUGAAAUUAGAAAAAAGCAGCAGGUUUAUCUUCAUGAUGGAUUAAUUCAGGUUUUAAUAACUGGCCAAUCGUUACUGUUUUUCCAGCAGUGAUUCUUUGUUAUUUAGAUUUUACAGUGGAUGAGGGUUAAAGGUUUUACCUCAUAUUCAAAUAUCCACCUCAUCUGCAGGCAUUGUUGUAGGUUGAUACUUAAUGCAAAUCAAGGAUUUUGUCAUACAUGUUGUCUUUGACAUUGUGAACAUUACUGGAUCAGGAUCAGUAAAGCUUUUUGGUAACCACUGCA